GGAGUAGACAAUUCAGUUCUCAAAAUGAGGUUGAUAGUGUCGUUAUCGGCUCUCUUGGCCAUCUUUGGGUCCAUUGAAGCCUUUGUGGACCCCCAUUGUGACGGCAAACAAGUGGUAGUCCAUCUGUUCGAAUGGAAGUGGACCGAUGUGGCUUUGGAAUGCGAAAGGUUCCUAGCACCCGCCGGUUAUUGCGGGGUUCAGAUAUCCCCGCCCCAUGAGCAUGUAUUCCUUCCCGAGGACAAUUGCCCCUGGUGGCAAAGGUAUCAACUGGUGAGUUAUCAGCUCGAGUCUCGAUCUGGAACGCGGGAUCAGUUUGUGGACAUGGUCCAUCGAUGUAAUGCAGUGGGCGUCAGGAUCUUUGCUGAUGUGAUUCUGAACCAUGCGGCUGGAAUGGGUCGGAAAGGUCCUGGGUUUGCGGGCACGGAUUUUGACACCACGGACGACAAGCAUGACUUCCCGGGCAUUCCAUAUUCUGACGAGAACUUCACUCCAAGGGAACUGUGCCCGUCGGAUAGUGGAUCUGUGGACAAUUAUUCCGUAGAGGACAACGUCAGGAACUGUUAUUUGGUGGGCCUAUCCGAUCUUUAUGGGGCCCAGGAGUAUGUGCAACAAAAGCAAGCCGAUUACCUCAAUGACAUGAUCGACAUUGGUGUGGCUGGAUUUCGAGUGGACGCUGCCAAGCACAUGUGGGCAGAGGAUAUUGCGGCCAUUCAAGCACUUUUGAAGCCUCUAAACGUGGAACAAGGUUUUAAGGCGGGUUCACAGCCUUUCUUUAUGCAUGAGGUCAUUGACCGUGAUGAUGGCGUGGUCAGAGUCCAAGAGUACUACGAUUUAGGCAUCGUCACCGAGUUCCGUUAUUCCCAAAAGAUGGCUUGGGCCUCAACAGGAGAUUGGGGACAAUUUGGAGGACUCUACGAUCCAGGAUGGGGUAUGAGUGACCCUGAGCAUGCCUUUGUUUUUGUGGACAACCACGACAAUCAACGAGGUCAUGGAGGAUCUGGCGACGUUGUUACAUUCAAAGAUGGCAAAUUGUACGCCUAUGCCGUUUCGGCCAUGUUAGCCUCUGAAUACGGCUUCACCCGAGUGAUGAGCAGCUAUGACUUUGACAACAGUGACCAAGGACCGCCCUCGUUGGACGAUUUUGUAACCUCUGAUGUCACAAUUAAUGAAGACGGAUCCUGUGGCGGAGGAUGGGUGUGCGAGCAUCGUUGGAAUGCCAUUGCCAAAAUGGUCCAAUUUCGGAAUGCCGUGGCUGGUGCUCCGCAAGAGAACUUCUGGUCUGAAGGGGAUUCCAUGGGGCUCUCGAGGACUGGAAAAGGAUUUUUCGCCAUGAGUCAAAGAUCAGGGUUCACAGCAUCAGUUCAAACCGGCCUUCCUGGUGGAGAUUAUUGCAAUAUCAUUGACUCUUGCGCUUCUUCUGUUACGGUACAGAGUGAUGGAACGGCUGAUAUUUCCAUCAACAAUGACGACGGCGUAUUAGCCAUUUGUGUUGGCUGCAAAGGGGACGAAAUUGUUCCCGGACCUACCAGUGCCCCUGGGGAAACCACAACAAAAACCACUAUAACCACCAUGAUAACUUUCGACACUACAACCACUGCAACCAGUCAAGACACCACGCUCCCGGACACUGACACAACAAUUGAAUUUUCCACGCCACCUGCUGCCACAGAGUGUUGUACCACUAUCAACGUUCAAACGGAUUCGAGUCCUGACGACUCAAUCAAAGAUGUGUUUGGAGAAUAUUCCUUUACUGGAGUCUCUGAGGAUGGCUAUCCCAUUUAUAGGAUCGACGGAGACGGAUUGAACUAUCUUUAUUUCAUCAACGACUUUUCCCAUCAUUUCAAAGGAUGGAUCAUUGGUGAAGAUAGCACCUCUGAUGUGGGAAAGAUUUCCAGAGAAGGUGAUGAACAUUGCAUUGAAGGGAAAAGUGAUGAAUGGUAUUAUGUUAUGGCCAAUGAACUUGUCCCAGUGGACUCUAUCACGGUAGACUGUGUUGGUGGUCCCAAUCCCACCAACCCAGGAACAGACGAUACGACCACAAAAACCACCCCAGGAUCCUCAGGUGAAUGUUGUGAUGGUAUUUUCUUUGGAUCUACUGGGGGCAUUGGAGACGACUUACCAGCCAUCCAAGGCAACUACUUGAUGUCAGAGGUGGGCGACACUGGUCGCCUGGUUUAUGAACACGAGUCUGGCCAAUACUUCUUGUACUACCAUGAUGAUCCUGCCUUCCACUUCAAGGGUUGGUUGAUAAGCAUAGAUCCAACCUCAAACGAUUGGAUUGCUUUGAACGAAGGAGUGGCAGAGUGCGCUCAGGACUUGAGUUCCGGUUGGGAGUUCUUCAUGGAGAAUCAAUGGGUUCAAGAUUCGUCUGUGACUGUGGAUUGCAUUGC